AGAUCAAAGGUUUAAAUGGGUAAUUCAAAUGUGAAGCAACAUCUUGAUACUGCGGAGAAGACGGGUGCGUUGCAGUUAUGCCUUAUUCAUAUAUUUCAGUUUCCAGAAAACUUGCAGAAAUUAUCUAAGAAUUUGAGAACUCUUGAUUUCUCAGACAACAAGAUUCAGACAAUACCUUCUGCUAUUGGUUCAUUCCAACAACUUAAAACUGUCAAUCUUAACAACAACAGAAUAGAGACAUUACCUCAAGAAAUAGGAAAUCUGAAGAAAUUGGAAACUUUGUCAUUAGAUAACAACUUGUUACGUCAGCUACCUGGAACAUUCCUUAACUUGAAACACCUCAGAACUGUUAACCUCAGUGGUAAUGGAUUUAAAACAUUUCCACAGGAACUUUGUGAUUUAACACAUCUAGAUGCUAUAGAUUUAUCAAAGAAUAGAAUUACAGAAAUUCAACCUAAUUCUAAAACUUGUCAUACAAUUGAAUUAAAUCUAAAUCAAAAUCAGAUAUCUACCUUACCUGACUGUAUUGCGGAAUGGCCAAGGUUAAAGGUGUUGAGACUGGAGGAGAAUUGUUUAGAGAUUACGGCACUUACACCUAGGAUAAUGAAACAGUCACAGAUAGCACUCCUAGCUAUUGAAGGCAAUGUGUUUGAUAUGAAAAAAUUUAAUAACUUGGAAGGUUAUGAUGAUUAUAUGGAAAGAUACACAGCAACAAAGAAAAAGUUUAACUGAAGAAUCAUCUAGUCAUGCCAAUACUGGCAUAUACAAUGAUAAUGAAUAUGCAUGUCCAGCUAAUGGCACAGAAAGCUAACUCCUAUAUAUACUUACAUACUUAUAACUGGAGAGCUGCUUACAUGGUAAUUCUUGGACAGUUUUGAGAGGUCAUUACAAUACUGUCGUAACUAAAUGUUUUGAGGAACACAAUUUAUAAUUGUUGUGAUUUACAUUUUAUUCUUCAUGUUAAUUAAUGUGUCUUCAGAAAAGAACAAAAUUGUAUUUUUACUAAAAUAUUGAUAUUAAACUUAUAUUAGUACUUAGUAUAUUUGUUUAUGUAUGUAUCAUAACAGUGCAAUAUUCCCUGAAUUUUAAAGCAGCAUGCCUCCAGAUUCAUGCUAAUUUCAUGAAAAUUUUGAAAAUGUAUUAAAAAAGUAAAAUAUUGUGAAGUGAACAAAGAAAGUAAUUUCCACAUUUCAAACAUUAUUUUACAAUCCGCGUAAAUUAUGAAAAGUAGGUAAAAAUAUCAAAAUAAGGCAUAACUGUGUUAGUCACACUGUAGAAAAAUGGUGAUAAAUACUGCAAAAUCAGUCAUUCAGCGCAGAUAACAUCUAGAUUAUUACUUGAAUCUUAAAUCUUUAUACUUUCCUUAAAAUCUUAGUGCAUUUUUGUCAAGUUUGAUUUUCUUGAAAUAUUUUUGGUUCAUCUGGAGGCAUGCAGCUUUAAGUUAAACUGUAUUUUCUGUACUAAGGUACUAGACUUUUUGCUUUAUGUAAGGAAUCUAUUUAUUAUAAUUGAUGUUAAACAUUCAAGAAUAAGGAAUAAUGUAAAAAAAAUACACACAUGAGCCUAAAUUAUUGAUGCCAAAAUCUUUAGUGAGCUGUUUUUAAGUUGAGAUAUUUUGACAUAUUACUGGAAACAAACAGCCUCUUAAAAGACAAAUAUCAUUUUAAUUUCCAUGAAGUUGUUUUGAUUGUUUAAGUAACUUCCUUGAAAUGGUUUUGAAUGGUUAAGUGGCUUAUGACAGUUUAAACUUGUAUAACUCAUGACAGGUUUAAUUCUUAGCUGUAAAGUUAAAACAAUUUAAAUGAUACUUGUAAGAAGAGAAAUGUAUGUAAAAUGAUGUAAUUCCUCAUCAUAGAGUUUGUAAGAUUUCUUCUCAUUAAAGUAAUGGUGAUGGUUUGUUGUGAAAAGAAUCUCCUGUUAAGAAAAUGGCCUUGUCAUUUGUUGUUAUGUAUUGUGUUUUUACUUAUUAUGCAGAACGUUGUUACCAUAUAUUCAUAUAUCUGUAUACUAUGUUUUUAAUCCGAGUUCAAGAAUUGUUAUUCUUUCCAUUGUCACACAACAAUUGUCAAUUGAUUUACAAAUUUUUCUUAAGGUAAACCAAUUUUUGAAUUGUAAUGUAAUUACUUAAUUUUCUUAUUGUAAACAAAGUUUAAACUGUCAAUUAUAUUACUCAAUGUUUUUGGGUUUUUUUUAGCUCACCUGAGCUUGCUCAGGGUGAGCUAUUAGGAUCGGUGAAUUUCCGUCGUCCGUCGUACGUCCACAAUUGCUUGUGAACACACUAGUGGUCACACUUAUGACUCAAUCAUCAUCAAACUUUGUCAGGAUGCUUGUUUAGUCAAUUGCUCGGAUGAGUUCAAAACUGGGUCAUUUCGGAUGGAAAACUAGGUCAGCGGAGCUAAAAAUAGAAAAACCUUUUGAACACUCUAGUGGUCACAUUUUUUACCUAAUCAUGAUCAAACUUUGUCAGGAUGCUUGUGUAGAUAAUUGCUUUGAUGAGUUUGCACAUGGUUUAUCUCCGAUGAAAACUAGGUCACAGGAGCUAUAAAUAGAAAAACCUUGUGAACACUCUAGUGGUCACAUUUUUGACCCAAUUAUUAAGAAACCUUGUCAGGAUGCUUGUUUAGUCUAUUGUUUGGAUGAGUUCGAACAUGGGUCAUCUCGGGUGGAAAACUAGGUCACAGGAGCUAAAAAUAGAAAAACCUUGCGAACAGUCUAGUGGUCACAUUUUUGACCCAAUCAUCAGAAUGCUUGUCUAGUCGAUGCUUGGAUAAGUUUGAACAUGAUUUAUCUCGGAUGGAAAACUAGGUCACAGGAGCUAAAAAUAGAAAAACCUUGUGAACACUCUAGUGUCACAUUUUUGACUCAAUUAUCAUCAAACUUGGUCAGGAUGCUUGUCUAGGCAAUUGCUCGAAUGUCAAGCUCGAAUAUGGGUCACCUGGGGUCAAAAACUAGGUCACACUGCUCAAAUAUAGAUAAUCCUUGUUAACACUAGUGGUCACAUUUUUGACACACCUGUCAUGAAACUUGGUCAGAACAAUUGUCUAGGUAAUUGUUCGGAUGAGUUUGACGGGUCAGGUGAGCGAUCUAGGGCCAUCUUGGCCCUCUUGUUUAUUAAAAAUCAUGGCCGGACUCUCUUACAUAAAAAAGUUGCUCAAUUUUAUCUUUUUUAACAUUAACCCAUUUAUACUAAUCAAUUACCAGGUUCAUUUUCAAAGCAGGGCAUGGUUACCAUUGUAUAUGUUUGUUAACGAAGCAUAAGUUAUAUCUUGGACAAAUUUUUUGUCCCAGGUUAUAUAAUAAAACUUGCAAAAUCAUGAAAAAGAUAAACAUUUAAUGUGUAUUUAUUCUGUAAUCAAACUAUAUGAUAUUGUGUAUUCAACUGAGGUGUUUUAACAUGAAGGGACUGGAAAUAGUUUUUGAGAUUUGUGCAUCAUUUAUGCAAAAAUGCUUUUAAUUCAGAUCCAGCUAAUAUUCAUGGCAAAAACAAAUAUUUUUUAUUUAAUACAGAGCAUACAUGUAUUUCUUUGUUAUCUUUUGCAUAUUUUUCUCAGUGCUCCAGUUGAUUUAUGUAACAACUUCAAAUUUUAUAUGUUUAGGCUUUUAGACCUCAGUUGAGUUCCUUUAAAUCAAUAGUUUCCAAAUUAAUGGAGAAUUUGAAGAUCACAGAGACAUUAAUCCAAAUGAGUAUUUCAAAUAGCACUGGUUAUGGUAUCUUAUAAACAAUAAAUUAGCAUCAUGGUUCAUUUUCCCUUACUUUCAAUUUUGUAACUGUUGCUAAGUGAAACAUAUUGCAUACAUUUUGUUGGUCAUCAGCUAGUUCAAAUUAUUUUCUUAACAAGUGUCACAAUAUUAAAAUUUAAAUAGUAUUUUGGAGAACGAUUAUCCAUAUUGUUUAGCUUGUCAGAUUCCUUUACUGGUAUUUAGUUACUGUUAACUUUGGUCUACAGACCUCGCAUUCACUAUGUUGUACUGGGCAAAGCAUCUGUUUUUUGUGAAGAUUUGGUUGAUGACAUUUUUUUAUGUAUUCCAUUCAUCCUCCAGUCUUGCACAGCUGUUAUUACAUGAUUCAUAUAAAAGAGAAGUUCUCAUUUAUUUGUUGAAAUACACUACUAUUUGUAUAGGAUUUAGUGACAAGGGUUAACUGGUGCUACACCAAACACAACACAACAUUAUUAUAAAAUGAAAAGCUUGCUCAGUUUAGAUUUGAAAUCUAACAAUACCUAUUAAUGCUUUAAUGAAAUUGUCUAUUAUAACAAUAGGGAGAGCUUUGUUCUCACCCUGGUUUGGCUGUUGGCAUCACCAUCACACUUUUGUUAUGUUUUUGCAUCUCCAAAACUACUGAAGGAAAUGGUUUGAAACUUCACACACUUGAGAAGAUUAUCUAGCAUUGCACUUGUGCGUUAGCUCUUAGUUACCUUUUUACAGAGUUAUGCUCCUUUUCUUACUGUCGAGCAUCAUGAAUAGUCAAGCACGCUGUCUUGCAGAUAGCUUUUGUUAUAUCUUUCACAUUGUUAUUUUAAAUUUGAUCUAAUCUUAAUUUAUGCAUUUUGGGUUGUCUUGUAAUUAUGUGUGUGUAUUUUUUAAUAGCUUUAUUUGGAUUUUGUAUAAUUUGAUGUUUUCUGAAAGUAUUGAUGUGUAAGAGUGUCAGUUUUUUUAAUCAAGAAAACCUGUAAAUUCUGAUACAGAAUUAAUUACCCACCUGUUGAUGAAUGAAAAGGCACUUCUGCAUAAUCAAAUAGUGAACCAUUUAUGCUUUUCAUUCAGAAUUUUAUCAGAAUAUUGUUUAAAUGAAUUAAUGGGACAAAAAUGCUGAUUUUAAUUGUUUUUAUUGUUCUUUCAUUUACCAGUAAUAUAUGUCAUGGUGCAUCUUAUUCUGUGAAAUGUUUAAUAAAUGUUUUUAUAACA